AUGUCCGCGAAAGAGCUUAGGAUCCGCCCAGCAGGUUGGGAGAGCGCUCCUGCAGAGGAGGACUUCGCUCUCUCCGAUAUGGACCACACCAUGCCGAAGAUCUAUGUGCAGAUAGUGGAGGUGUUCCAGCUCGCGCCACAUGUUGAAAAGGCCAAGGUCGUGGAUAGCAUGGCCAAGGGUCUCGAAGUCACAUUGAGCCAGUUCCCAAUUCUCGCCGGCGGCUUGAAGAUGGACGCGGACAAUGGACGGCUGUGGGUGACGAAGAAAAAGGACAGUGAAGUCAGUCUGUUCGUGCAGAACCUGGAGGAAACGUUUCCUUCGUUUGAAGAGCUGGAUAGGACCGAUUUCCCAGCCGCGACGUUCAAGGGACACAGGUUGUUGCCCAAGGCGGUGACAGAGAAACAACUGUUCUCGCCGCUUGGGGACAAUCAGGAAGACGAUCUCCUCAUUUCUACGUUUCAGAUAAAUUUCAUCAAAGGCGGUCUCGUCCUCGGUGUUGCUAUCCAUCACAACUGUUCCGACGGCCCGGGAUGCGACGGCUUCCUUACCACUUGGGCGCAGAACUCUGCAGCGGUGGCCAAUGGAACUUCCUUCCAGGUAGUCCCCAAGGAAACGAUGGACCGAUCGCGUCUCAGUGCAAAGAAGCCAGAUGCUGCGCGGUGGAAGGAACUCGACCACAAGUUCCCCGUACUUAAGGAUGGCGGGGGUCCGCCUCCUCCACCGCCAGCCGACUUCAAGAUGCCCGAGUUGGCUAUUCGAAUGUGGCAUUUUCCUAAGAGUAAGACGGAGGAACUCAAGUCUCGAGCCAUGACAAAGACAGGAGACAGUUGGAUCUCGACUUACGAUGCAAUCAUGUCCAUCCUCUGGAAGAGUAUCACACGGUCCAAGCUUGGGCUUCUCCACCCUGAUCUUGGCAAGGAGGUCAUCCUAGUUCAUGCACUCAAUACACGAAAGGUGUUGGACCCGCCUCUGCCGGAAACGAUGAUGGGCAAUGCGGUUGCGCUUCCUCGCACCGAGCCGAUCAAGAUAUCUGAACUUCUUGCUGAAGACAACCUUCCCAGCAUUGCGCAAAGAGUGCGGAACUCGAUCAAGACAAUCACUCCGCAAUACGUCGCUGAGCUUCCCGAGUGGAUCGCGGGGCUCAACGAUAGGCGGUGGAUCAACAUCAACAUGAGUUCCUUCCUAGGCAUGGACCUGGCAGGUACGAGUUGGCAAGGCAUGAAUGUGUACCAGAAACAUGAUUUUGGUUUCGGUGUCGCGAGAGCCAUUCGCUUUCCCGAUCCUCAAUUCGAAGGCUAUGUUUUCGUGUACCCGAGCAGGGCCGGUGUCAAGGCGAAUGCUGUUGACGAAGGUAUCGAGGUAUGCGUGUGUUUGGAAAGAGGAUGCCACGAUCGGUUGAUGAAGGAUGAGGAGUUGCUGCGAUACGCACAGCCUCGUGGCAACUAG